AUGUUUCUUGAGAAGUCAAAGUCACUCUCUUGUAACCAAUGCACUCGAUGGGUGAAAAUUGAAUCUGCAAAGUACUCUUUGAUCAAUUCACCUAAAGGUUUAGAUAUAUUUGAAGUGACUGCUACAGAAGUUUUCAGUGGUAAAAUCUUAUGUGGAUUUAUAGUUUAUAAUAUAAUAUGUUCUGCCGGUUGUUCUGUUACUUUAUUAUGUGAUGGUGGCAUGUUUGUGCUAGACUGGGUGGUGUUUUUAUUAGAUUUUCUCCAUCAGGCAUGGAAGAUUGAGGUGUACUUUUUGUUAGUUCUCCGAGUUUGCUGA